UGAUGAUGAUUGGCUGAUGUUUGAUUCAGCUUCUAAAGUAGGCUAUCAGGGUCGAAGCUCGCUCUAAAAUGCAUGAGGACUUGGGACAGUCAUUUUAGAUAGCAUAUCUUUGUAUCAAUCAAUUAAUUAUACGCAUUAAUUUGAAAAUGGCGACUUUAUUGCGUCGACGAGCUUCGGCACUGCUUCUUGCGUGGGGUUAUUGUAUUUUGGCUGAGACAACUUUGUCUAACAUCACUCUUGAUAACGAGGUUCACUCCAGCUUCAUCCAGCGCCGUCUGAGGAGCCAGGAGCGCCGGGAGAUGCAGCGGGAAAUCCUCUCCAUCCUGGGGCUGCCCCACCGGCCCCGGCCGCAUAUCUACACCAAACAAAACGCUGCCCCGAUGUUCAUGCUGGAUUUGUACAACGCUAUUUCCACGGACGGACAACAGCCAGCAGGCUUUUCAUAUUAUAAGCCCGUUUUAACGACCCAGGGGCCCCAGAUGGUGACCCAGCAAAACAGUAUUUUCCUCAAUGACGCGGAUAUGGUGAUGAGCUUUGUCAAUCUUGUUGAGCUGGAUCAGAACGUCCUGUCUUCUCGGCGCAACAGGGAAUUCCGCUUUGACUUGUCCCAUAUCCCAGAGGGAGAAGCUGUCUCCGCUGCAGAGUUCAGAAUCUACAAGGACUAUAUCGGAGAACACUAUGAGAAUGAGACCUUCCAUGUGAACGUGUACCAGGUGCUACAGGAGCCCCCUGACAGUGAGGAGGACCUGUUCCUGCUGGACACGCGUGUGGUGUGGGCUAUAGAGGAAGGCUGGCUGGUGUUUGACAUCACAGCCACCAGUAACCAGUGGGUAGUGAACCUGGACCAGAACUUGGGCCUGCAGCUAACUCUAGAGAGCAUGGACGGCCAGAGUGUGAACCCCAGGCUAGUAGGGCUGGUGUGGGGCAGUGGGCUACAGGACAAGCAGCCCUUUAUGGUGGCCUUCUUUAAGGGAACUGAGGUUCGUCUCCGCAGCGUCCGCUCAGUCCACGGCCACAAGGGGCGCAACCCCAACCGCUCUAAAAACCCCAGGAAUGCCCAGGACGCACUGAAGGUUGCUGAGGCUGCAGCAGAGACCCUCAGCACAGACCCGAAACAGGGCUGUAAGAAGCAUGAGCUGUAUGUCAGCUUCAGAGAUCUGGGAUGGCAGGACUGGAUCAUUGCACCAGAGGGCUAUGCAGCGUACUACUGCCAGGGCGAAUGCUCUUUUCCCCUCAACUCCUAUAUGAAUGCCACCAAUCAUGCCAUUGUGCAGACUCUGGUCCACUUCAUAAACCCAGAGACAGUGCCCAAACCCUGCUGUGCCCCCACCCAGCUCCACGGCAUCUCUGUCCUCUACUUUGACGACAGCUCCAAUGUCAUUCUGAAGAAGUACCGGAACAUGGUGGUCAGAGCCUGCGGUUGUCACUGACCACCAUUAGACUUCCCCUUCUCAGGAUACGCUGGGGUUAGUGGAGGAAGAGGAGGAAGAGGAGGAAAUUGGGAUUAUGCAGCAAAACUCAUUUAUUGCCUGAUCUAUAAGGACCUGCUGCUUCAGGACUAUCAGGAAGACCAACUGCCUUUAUUAUUGUCUGCAAACAGACAAGUACUAGCAAUACUGCCUUAGCAGUAGAGCCAUACUGCCCUAGCAGUAGAGCCAUACUGCCCUAGCAGUAGAGCCAUACUGCCUUAGCAGUAGAGACAUACUGCCUUAGCAGUAGAGACAUACUGCCCUAGCAGUAGAGCCAUACUGCCCUAGCAGUAGAGACAUACUGCCCUAGCAGUAGAGACAUACUGCCCUAGCAGUAGAGCCAUACUGCCCUAGCAGUAGAGCCAUACAGCCUUAGCAGUAGAGACAUACUGCCCUAGCAGUAGAGACAUACUGCCUUAGCAGUAGAGGCAUACUGCCCUAGCAGUAGAGGCAUACUGCCCUAGCAGUAGAGACAUACUGCCCUAGCAGUAGAGACAUACUGCCCUAGCAGUAGAGACAUACUGCCCUAGCAGUAGAGACAUACUGCCCUAGCAGUAGAGACAUACUGCCUUAGCAGUAGAGACAUACUGCCCUAGCAGUAGAGACAUACUGCCUUAGCAGUAGAGACAUACUGCCCUAGCAGUAGAGGCAUACUGCUCUUGCCCAACUAUGAAGAAGAUCUUUGGCAUCUGGAUUGUCUCCACUACAUGGUGCAUUAAAGAUAGGGACAUGGCUACUCAUCUAGAGAGCGCAAUAUAAUUCCCAGUCAGUACCAUGGAGGAAUUACACAUCACAGACACUGAACUCUCAUCCAUUUAUUUAUAAUCUCAUUUUUCUUAAGUGAACAAAGAAAGGAAAGUAUUGAUGAAUACAAAAAGAUAUCCCCCUGGAUAGAGGCAUGAGACUCAAAUGAAAUGCUAAAGAUGCUCCAAAACGGAGCAGAAUUAAGAAUUUAGCAAUUGCUUGUUUAUCCAUGAGUAGACAUUUUAAGAUGUGCCUUUGAACAAGAUAAAUCCAGUUUGGACAGUUCUGCUGUGUGCACCCAGCGCCUCUGUGUAAAACAAUUGCUGGAUAAAACUGCUGCAUCUGAUUGCAUUAGACAGUCUCUGAAAUGGGUUUACUUUGACACGUUUCUUUUUUACAGCAUAGUUCAUUUUUUUCCACAAACAGCUGGGUUUACUUUGACUUCGAUGAGAACAAAAUGGCUGUCUGUUUUUCCUUUGAACGGCAUGUAGGUGAUGAUGUAUUUUGCGGAGCAGAGGUCAGGUGUAAGACAUCUGGCUGUCUGUGUGCAGAUUCAGAGGCUGCUGCUGUGAGAGAUGGCAGAGCUGGCGGUUAAUACGAGACUGUGUGGGAUUGAUAGAGUAUAUGCCCUUUUGGGUUGAGUUUCCUGGAGGAGGAGGCACAGACAUAUAUCACCAAGCUCUGCACAGCACAAGAAAGGCAUGUGGUCCCAGAGAUGCCAUUGGUUUUGCCCACAAGAGAACUCUGAGCUAUCAUUCUGUUCCAGCUUCCUUUUGAUAUCCUGCAGGUGGGCGAUCGAGGCCAUAUUUUCUGUAAAAACUAAAUGUCAGAUUACAGCAACAAAUUGCACAGAAACUCUCAUAGGCAUAGCAGAUGUAAUACAUUUAUAUCACUUGGCCAGAAAAGCCUUUUCUCACACACUGACAACCAAAACAUGGUAACUAAAGACGUUGAUGGUUUAUGUAUAAUCUAUCAUAGGCUCUAUAAGCAUAUGUAUAUAAAUAUUGUAAACAUCAGCUGGUGAGGUAAAAUAUAGUAAAUGUAGCCUACUUUAGGACUCUAUUCAGUCUGUAUUGCUGAAGUGUUACAGAUUGCGUGCUAGAAAUGUCAUACCCCCAAGACAUGCUAACCUUUCACAAUUACAAUAAUGGCAGAUUUUGGGUAUAAUAUUUGUGCGUCUGUUACUUUCUCACUCAUCAUUAUUCUUGAUUCAUUCAGGAUUAUCCGUAAUCAUGGUAGCAUCCACAUGAAUUUAGAAGUGUUUAGAAAAUACUCUAUUCUUAUUUACAAUAAAAGUUACUCCAAAAUGACACAAUACAUUAUUUACCAUUCAUUUCUAUUGGUCACAAACUAAUCUAAAACACAAUCAAAACAGACAGGAAAUGCAUUAAACACAUUUGCAGAGUAACAAGCUUGAUGUAGUCAUUGUGUUCUAUGAAUAUGGGACCAAAUACUUAACUUUUUACCACUUUAAUACACAUACUGUAUAAGUGAAUUUGACAGAUUAAUUUUGGUCCCCUAAAAUGGGGGACUAUGUGCAAAAAGCACUGUAAUUUCUUAAUGGUUCACCAGAUAGGAAUGAAAAUACCCUCAAUUUAAAGCUGACAGUCUGCCCUUUAACCUCCUAGUCAUUUCAAAUCCAAAGUGCUUGAAUAAAGAGCCAAAACAACAAAAAUUGUGUCGCUGUCCUAAUACAUUUGGAGCUCACUGUAUGCAGCAUUUACCGUGAAUACAGUCUGCUUC